AUGUACAAAAUAACGAAUAAUUUGAAAUUCUUCGGCGGCUCUUCAGAGCUCGGCGAGCCUUUAUUGCCAACACAAACAAGUAGUAGCUGUAAAAGUCAACAACAACCAGUAAAUAAAAACACAAAUUUGCCGCCACCGCCAAGGUGGUCGGCAGCGCCGAAUACUUUUAAUAAAACAACAACUGCAGUAAAUAGUUCAGAUUCAUUAAUUUUAGAGCCUAAAAGAAGUAUAUCGCUUUAUUCUGACGUCAACGCAAUCGACUUUUCCCCUUCAAUUGAAUCUACUCAACAACCACUCUCAGUAUUUAACCAAAAUGGGAGACGUUCCACUUCCCCGUUGAGUGAUCGCCGAGUUGCUUUUCAAGAAAAUAAUAGAGGGACUGAAAGGGAUAAUUUUAAAUUUUAA